AUGUAUUUUCGUUUUAAAAAUAAAAUGUUUAUUUUUUCGAUUCUUUCUUUUGUUGUCUUUCUUUUUAUUCGAAGUAAUCAAACGUAUGCAAGUAGCUGCACUGUUUUAAAGGAUAAGCAUUUUUCUUUUUAUGAGAGGAAAAUGAAAGAAUUGAAUAUUGCUGAUCCUCCUUACACCGUUUUCAAUUUUUCCACAGAAGUGUCAAGUGACCAUGAUAUUAUUCAAGAUGAGCUUGAAAAAAAGGAAAAAAAAGCCAUGAGAAGAUUUAAGUACGAUUUGGAUGAGAAAAGAGAUCGGUCGAGGGAAAUUUUAGAUAAACUUUUAAGUAGCGCCAUAGAUUUUUUUUAA